AUGAGCUCAUCUACGCCUGAUACAAAGUCUCCUGCAAGGGGCAACUUGACUAGUAUCAGUGAGGUAGAAUCAAUUGACAGCAAUUCCCAGGAAGAAGGAAAGAAACGACUGGAUGCCCGUCAAUACAGCGUUAAUAAUUACUUCGAUCACGAUUCAUUGAACACCUCCAAAAAGCCUCCCUCCUGGUUGGAGUCUUCGUUCGUUCAUUUGUCGGCACCCCGUGACUUAUCCACGCGGUCCAAUGGCUCGGUGUAUCAUUCGAAACAUGGGUUCCAAGAAGAGCACCUCCACCUACUUGAGUUGCUCGAGGCGUCGAAGCCCAAUUCCAACGUUUCAAUAAGUUCGGAUAGUAUCGACCGCGUUGCGACAGCGCUGGAAAAAGAUACACAGCGCCUAUACGGAGAAUGUCAAGCCUAUGAAGAAGCUGUGUUCAAAGCGAAGCAACGAAUCAAGACGUUUAACGCUGUCUCAAAGGUUGGUUUGGAAACUACCACCAAAGCUUAUGAAAGCGAAAUUGAUUUGUUGCAACAAGAGAUAGAAGCACGGCAGGCUGAAUUAGAGCACCUGAACUCAUUAUACAAGGAUCAGAUGAAUAUCGCAACCCAGCUGGAAACAUAUGAAGAACAGUAUCAUGCGAAAAAAAAUGCGCUGGAGCUAAAGUCAAAAGCAUUCGAUGCGGUGCUGGAUCAAACGUCGAACGAACUGUCCCAAGUUCAGAGUGAGGUGGAUAGAUUGGCCUCCGUCCAGCUUCCUCAGGCACUCUUUGACUUGCAGGUCGAUCAAAGAGGACUACGCUAUCCUCUUAUCAACCAAUUGCGGCUGGCUUACCGCCCAAAAGGCGAUGUACCAACAAAGGAAAUUGAGGUGGCUUGGUCUCAAGCGACACAACUUCUACUUGUUCUCGGGACCCUCUUGAACUAUCCAUCAUCGGAUUGGAAGGUUGUACCUCUUGCGGAUUGUGCCAAGCUAAUUUAUCGCAAGGAAAUCUACAAUAUGCUACCUGGCGAUUGUCGAAGCCUCAUUGCAUGGAAUGCUUUACUGGACCAGGUCUUGAAACAUGCUUCUAGGCUCAGCAAAUUUCAGAUUCAUGGGCUUUCCCCAACACCCCCCUUUCCAUCUUCGGCAACUGCUAUUGGGAAAAUUGACCUGACUUCAUUGAAUCAGUUAGAUCAUGCCGGAUGGUCUCACGCAAUCCAUCGAAUGGCUUCCAAUCUGUCGUGGUUGUCAAAACUAUGCUCCACUCAGGUGGCAGAACAAGUUGCUGUCCUUGCACACAGCGUUGCCUAA